CAGGCCAGGUUCUGAUUUAUUGCUUCAAGCAGACACAAUCGCCCAUUCCUCUCUCAUUCAAAAUUUGUUACGCCUUCUCUUCUAUUCCUUCAAAAACUUGUGCUUUCUGAUACAUUACGCUACCCCAAAACCAAGGCGGCUCUGCUCCUCACGUUCAUGGCAUCUGCUUCGUCGCUGGAACUUCCAUUGCCGAUUUCUUCACUUCAUUGCUCUCUAUCUAUCCAUACGGACCUUACUCGUCUCCGUCGUCAUUGACUGUAUUAGUCCAACCAUAAUGCCAUUCAGAGAUUUUGUUCGUGAGCUCAGGGAAAUUCGAGAUGGCAUGGGUAGUAUAUCAAGACGAGGGAUGGAUGCCAAGCGUAAUUAUUGCCGUGGAAAAUCUCUUAUUGCACCUGAACUGUCCUCACCGGCAUCAUCAUCUUUGUUAGUGACUGAGCAGAGUCGCUGGGCUAACUUACCACCUGAGUUGUUAUUAGAUAUAAUUCAAAGGGUGGAAGCAAGUGAAACUUCCUGGCCUGCCCGGAGGGCGGUUGUAGCCUGUGCGUCAGCUUGUAGAUCAUGGAGAAGAAUAACAGAGGAGGUGGUAAAGACACCAGAACAGUGUGGGUGGCUUACCUUUCCCAUAUCGCUGAGGCAGCCUGGUCCAAGAGAGACUCCAAUGCAGUGUUUUAUAAAGAGAGAACGGGCGACUUCAAAAUAUCAUUUAUAUCUUGGUUUGAGCCCGGCUCUCUCUGGUGAUAUGAGCAAACUGCUACUGGCAGCAAAGAAGAUUAGACGGGCAACAAGUACAGAAUUUUUGAUAUCCUUGGUUGCAGAUGAUUUUUCUAAAGCAAACAAUACCUAUGUUGGAAAGCUGAGGUCUAAUUUUCUAGGCACCAAGUUCACGAUCUUGGAUAGUCAGUUUCCUCCCGACUCUUCCCUUCCAUUGAAUAGUAAAUUGCAGCCAAGAAUCCAUUCAAAGCAGGUUUUUCCAAGGGCUGCUACAGCAGCAAAGAGUAAUGUGGCCACCAUAUCUUAUGAGCUCAAUGUUCUCCGCACAAGAGGCCCAAGGAGAAUGCGGUGUACGAUGCACUCAAUUCCUGUAUCUUCCAUCCAAGAAGGGGGCACUGCUCCCACUCCUGUGAAGUUUAAUAAUGACCUUGAUGAGCAUUUAUGUACCGUGCACAUGUCAAAAGGGGAAAAGCCAGGACCUGAGAAUGAGUCCAAUAGUGACGACAAGUCCCCAGAAUCGAACUGCGUUGCAGGGGAGCCACUGGUUUUGAAAAAUAAAGCUCCUAGAUGGCAUGAACAACUGCAGUGUUGGUGCUUGAAUUUCAAGGGACGUGUUACAGUGGCCUCUGUGAAGAACUUCCAGCUUGUAGCAGCCGCAGAACCUUGGCAAAAUAUUUCAGCGGCAGAACAGGAUAGAGUGAUACUACAAUUUGGGAAGAUUGGAAAGGACAUUUUCACUAUGGAUUACCGUUACCCCCUCUCUGCUUUUCAGGCCUUUGCAAUCUGCUUGAGCAGCUUUGAUACGAAACCUGCUUGCGAGUGAUCACAUGCCUUGUCUCAUAAAGGGCUAACUUCAUGCUACUCCUGCCUCCCUAUACAUGUACAUAUUCUUGAAAACAAAAAGGAAAGAAGCAAGGGGGGGAAAAACGGAGAAAGCAGCUGGGCUACGACUCUUGAGCCAAUAUUGAGAGCCUUCCUUCGCAGUUGCAAUUUUGUUGACCCUGCUGUUAGGCUUGGUGUUUAAUUGGCAAGUUUUCAGAGUAAUUAAUUUCUCCUUGCAUAGUGUAGCUAAUCGUGUAUAAAAAAAAAAAUAUUCUUCCUAGGUAUGUAAUUUGCUAAAUGACGCGUUGUAUACUCAUUUUGUAAUUGAACCAGCCUUACUUGAAAUUGAGAGAUUACAGUUAG